AUGAAGGCUGCUAUGCGCACUAUUAUCAUGUCGCCCGAGUUCCACACCUUGGGCGACCCCGAGAUGGCUGGCCAGCGACCCGCGACGGUGGAGAAGACGCCACAUCAGUCGCGGUCUUACAAGGCCAUGGUUCUGCUUUAUCUCAACGGGGGUGCUGACACCUUCAACUUGCUGGUGCCCACCUGCGCAAGCCUCUGGGAGGAGUACACAACCGUCCGGCAGAACCUCGCGCUGGGCCAGGGUCAGCUGCUGGGGAUCUCGGCCAACACCCAAUCUUGCAACACUUUCGGCGUCCACCACGGCCUCCCCUUCGUGCGCGACCUGUACGCACAGGGCCAGCUGGCCUUCGUGAGCAACAUCGGCGGCCUGGUGCAGCCCACCACGAAGGAUGGGUACAUGGGGACCACCCCCCAGUGUGCUGGGCUGUUUUCGCACCUCGACCAGCAGAUCGGCGGUAUGACGCUGCAGUGCCAGGUGCAAGGGGCGUCCCCCAGGGGCUUCGGUGGGCGCCUGGCCGACGCCGCGGCCGCCGAGGGUCACCGCACCACCUCGUUCUCCCUCGCGGGCGCGAACACGUGGUCGACGGGGCGGAGCGUCGGGGUGGAGAUCAUCGACGGGAGAAACGGCGCCGUGCGUCUGCAGGGGUACCAGGACUUGCAGGCGAUCGUGGGGAACACUACCAGCCUCACGUAUGGCAACGUCUACUGCGAGGAGUACGCGCAGCAGUUCGCCGGCGCCAUAGAGUCCAGCGAGAAGCUGGGGACGCUCCUCGACUCGGCAACGCUCACGACCACGUACGGUACGAGCAACUCGCUGGCCAGGCAAUUGCAUCAGGUCGCCCGGCUCAUUUCGACGAGGGCAGCGCGCGGUGCCGAGCGGGAUUUCUUCUUCGCAGAAUUGGGUGGGUUCGACACGCACAAUGCCUUGGAGGAGGUUCUCGAGACUAAGUUUGCCGAGAUCAACGCUGCCCUGGAGGAUUUCGUGGCCGAGCUGAAGGGCCAGAGCAUCUUCGACUCGGUGGUGUUGGUGACCAGCUCCGACUUCGGGCGCACGCUGACCUCGAAUGGCCGGGGUAGCGACCACGGCUGGGCGGGUAACCACCUCGUGCUGGGCGGCAGCGUCAAUGGCGGCCGCAUCUUCAAUCGGUUCCCCGAGUCUCUACUGGAUGGCAACAGCCAGGACGCGGGGCGCGGGAGGAUGAUCCCACAGUACCCGUGGGAGAACGUGAUGGUGCCUAUUGCGCAGUGGAUGUGCGGGCAGUCGUCCUCGCGGGCCAGCGCGGCCUGGCUGCACUCCGUCUUCCCUAACCUCGCCAACUUCAACGCCUCCGAGCACAUCAUCCACGCCGAGGCUCUCUUCGCAGGCUUCGAGCUCGCCACGCCGAGCCCCACGCCGUCGGGCCCCACCGCGAGCCCCACGCCGAGCCCCUCGCCGCCCCCCUCGCCGAGCCCCACGCCCGGCCCCACGGCGAGCCCCUCGCCGAGCCCGACCGCCGACCCCACGGCGACGCCGAGCCCGACGCCCACGUGCCCUGCAGGCUACAUCUUCGCCCAGCCCCACACCAAGCCCCACGCCGAGCCCGACACCAAGCCCCACGCCGAGCCCGACACCAAACCCCACGCCGAGCCCAACAGCGACGCCGACGCCAAGCGUGCGAGCCAGUGGCCCGCGGCGGCAGCGCACGGGCGGUGGCGGGUGCGCGCGGAGCUGCCGGAGUGCUGUCGAGCUGCGCCCGAGCGUGCCCCUUGGAGCGCCGAGUUCAAGUACAUCCAGCAGAUGGAGCAGCGCCUCAAGGCCACAGAGGCAGAGCUUCGCAAAGUCAAGAGUGGCAACAGUGACAAGUCACAAGAAGAAUCAGCUGCUGCUCAGGACCCAGCUCGGGCCAAGCGUGCAAAAAUUCUCAAGCAGAUCGAAGUGUACGAGAAGGUCGUCAGGGACACUGCCGAGUUCGGCGGCGCCGUGCACGACGCGAACAAGGCUGCGCUCGAAGAUCUUCGGGCUCAGGCUAAAGCGUUGCGGCCCCCCGCCACGGCGCACAAAACAGCGAUGCAGAAGCUCGAGAAGUCCAAGCAGCAGCUGGUCAGGCAGCAGAACGAGCUGGAAGAGUUGCAGCGCAAGAUGGCACAGCUACAACAAGACAUUUCAGGGAAAGAGAGCGCAAUCAUCGCCAAGACGUCCGAGGUCAAGAUACUGCAGCAGGAGGUCGCCGAGAGUGCGGCCAAGCUCAACCCGCAGCAGCCCUCGACCAAUGUCAAGGACGAGGCGCUCGACGAGGAGACGUUCAAGCUGGAUACGGAGACCGAAGAGGUCAAAGCCGCCCCAGAGCCCGUGGGGUUCUAUGCCAAGUUCUCGGCCGACCCCGUUUUCACCAAGUACCAGCAGUUCAUCCGAGAGAAGUUCAAGAAGAAGGAUGUGCCCAUGCCGCAGGCGGAGCAGCAGCAAUCUCCACCCGCAGCGGGCACCGACGCCAGCAACAAGCGUGGCACCGACGAUGAACUCAAUUUGCAGGAAGCUCAAGAAUUGUGGAACGACUUGCAGAGUGACGCAGCCCAAGGUGACGAGGCCACCAAGCUGCUCGAGCUCAUCAACAAGCUCCACAACGCCAAGAGGAGUCGUACUCGCAGCCCUGAUCAUGGCGCUCCAGGUCAGUACGAGAAUGCGCCGCACAUUCAAGUGGACGUCCCAGGCUGGCCGACCCUGAGUAUAUCCAACAUCUACAUCCACACGUGCGAGGGCAUGACAGUUCGGAAUGCGACCAUUCUCGCCAGAGUUGGAGAAGAGAUGGCUGGGCUCACACAUCCAGCACUAAUUGAAGGUGGCUGGAACAUGAGCACAGAUGUUGUUGAGGAGUCGACAUUUCCACUACAUGCGCAUGUGGAGACCACCGCUCCGAAAGAGGUCACCUGCCGCACUCCAACUUCCGCACCUACGAUCGACUACUUCGCGCCGAGCGAGGCCGCCAUGCUACUGUUUCGCACCGUCACGGUGGACGCCGAGUGGCACAUCAAGCCGCACAGGCCAGUUCACCUGCACAUGGCGGCAGUAGGCAAGCCCUUGCAAGUCUUGACCUACGGCGCGGCACCGAAGUUGUCACCAGUCAUCCCUGAAGUCGACUUCGCCAGCUAUAUAGACGACUCGAGCAUGGGAGUUGAAAGUGCUGACAGGUCCUCAGUCGUCUCCCUCGCGGUCGAAGCUGGCAAAGGUUUCUUGGAGACGGCCGCUGCACUUGGAGCCACAAUCAAUGAGAAGUUCGCAGUCCUCGCCAACACGAGAGAACUGGCCGAGGAAGUUGCUAUCAAGCUCGGUUUUUCGGCAGACAAGGCUGUCACAUCGACCACCUAUCUUGGCACGGAUCAGGCAGCAGGCUGCUUCAUCUACGAGGACAGCGACACCCCAGAGCUCGAUCCAGGUGUUGAAGCGCAUUUAGUCACUCCUGAGUGCGAAGAUAUUGAUGCAGAACCUGAGCAAUUAGCUGAGCAACUUGUACAAGGUGACCGGUUGGAAUUCGCAGUUGAUGGAUCCUGCAGCAAGCCUUCACUGGUCACUCUUCAGAGAGCUGGGUGGGCUGUGGUGCUAGUGAACCCUACGGCUGACACACCAGUUGCAGUCAUGUGCGGCGCGGUCCCCAGAGCCAUGCCCCAGUCGUCAGCGAUGGCGGAGUUCCUGAGCAUGGCUUUCGUUGGGCAGAUCGCUGACCGACCGUCCACGGUAUAUGCAGAUUUCAUGGCAGUGGUGAAGGCGGCACUGAAGUCGAAGCAGGAACAGUUGCAGGCCAAGUCAAUGUACUCGUGCGUGCAGUUCUUCGGCCACCAGAUGCGCGGCUACGACAACAUCCAGAGCGUCCGCCACGUCAAGGCCCACAAGUCUGGCGAGCAGUACCAGGCGCUCUCGGACGAGGAUAGGCGGAUCACGGACGCCAACGCGGUCGCCGAUGUGUUCGCCAAAAAAGCUGCCCUCUUGCACCCAUCUGCUUCUCCUGAGUUCCUUGUGAGAGUAGAGGAUGCUUGCACCCAGGCCAGUCACUUUGUGAAGUUGUGUGCCCACGUUCUCCCGUGUCUCGAGCUUGAGGAGAGGUUUUCCAGGCUCCCUGUGUUCGAGCGGUCGAGGCACACUAUGAAAGACAACUGGCAUGAUUGGUGCAGUACCUCUAUCGGCAUUCAGUGUAGUCAGUGCCCAGCCCUCUUCGAGUUCCACAAGCGUCACUCGAUCGAAUCCCAGUUCUGUCCUGUCCUACGAGGCUACACUUUUGCCCAGGCACAGUGCGAAUGCAGCGCCAGAACUCAGCAGUGGGCGUCCGACUACCCGACUGUAGAGGCGUGCGGCGCGAAAUGUGCGUCUACCGACGGUUGCAUGGCCUUCGGGUCUUGGACAACUGCUCCAGUCGCUGGCUGGUGUGCUCUGUACGACAGCGCUUGCGGUAGUUGCGUCAAUACCCCAGGCGCAGCCAUGAACGCCUACAACAUGUGUGAUGAGGGCGCUGCGCCGACGCUGCCCGACGCCGAGCCCCACGACGAGCCCCACGACGAGUCCCACACCGAGCCUCACGGCAAGCCCUUCACCGAGCCCAACUCCGAGUCCCACAACGAGCCCCUCACCGAGCCCAACGCUGAGCCCGACGCCAAGCCCCACGCUGAACCCCACAGCGAGCCCGACGCCAAUCCCAACAGGCUGAGCAACAGGAUGAAGGCAGAGAGGCACGCCGACGACUUCCUCAUCAUUGGACCUAGCGACGAGGUCGACAAGCUGCUAGAGGUGAUGGGAGAGAGACUGAAGUUAUCGUACGUGGUGAAGCUCACCAAGAAAGGAGACCAGGCGACGCUCUUGAGCACGCAGGUGGAAAAGGCCGAGGAUGGCUACACGAUCAGCGGCAAGACGAGCUUGACCGACGACAUCUUGAAGGAGCUGGGCCUGGAGACGGCGAAGCCAUCAGUGCUGCCCGAGACCAAGGACGAGGUGCACAUGAAGAGCGACGAGGUAUAUCUGGAUGUGGUGGGCCACAGUCGCUACAGGACCCGCGUGGGGAAGCUGUUGAAAUUGGCGAGCCACCGCCCUGACAUUCAACACGGAGUUGGAGUUCUAAGCAGAGGCAUGUCAGGACCAACGGAGAAGGGCCUGGGGAGGUCGAAGAAGAUGGCGCGGUACCUCGCCGGCACGCGCGACUACAAGGUGCAGUUGGUUCCGAACAAGGGAGGCAUUGCAGUGGAGUGCUGGGUGGACGGAGACUGGGCCGAUGACAAGACGGACAGGAUCUCGACGAGCAGCGGCAUCUUGAAGUAUCAUGGGUUCACCGUCCUGUCGUGGUCGAGACGCAAAGGUUGCGUUGCGUUGAGCUCGGCAGAGAGCGAGCUAUACGCGCUGGGCUCGGGAGCAGCGGAGGCUCUCGGACUGGCAUCACUACUCGAGGAGUGGAAGGCGAAGACGGUACCGCUCGCGAUGAGCGACAGCAGCAGUGCGGUACACAUCGUGAAGAAGCGCGGGCCAGGAACGAUGAAGCACGUGGAGAUCCGCUUCCUGGCGCUGCAGACGUGGCGCGAACAGGGCCGAUUACAUGUCGGCAAGGUCUGCACUCACGAGAAUCCGAGCGAUAUGAUGACCAAGCCGACGACCAGGAAGAAGGUGGAGAAAUUUACGGAGAUGGUCGGCUUGGUACGCUCGUAG